ACGACGGUGACCAACAUCGCCGUCGGCGAUUCGGUGCCCGCCGACACGGUCCUCGUGAAGGAGUUCCCCUUCGACACGAUCGACGUGCCCGCGCGCCUCGCCGGCAAAAAAACGAUCGUCCUGGGCCUCCCCGGGGCCCGCGGUCGCUCGCAGGUUCCCGGGUACAUGAGCAAGGAGGACGAGCUCAAGGCCAAGGGAAUCGACGAGAUCCUCGUCUACUGCGUCAACGACGCGGCGGUCAUGGAGGCCUGGUCCGACAAGAUGAACGUCAAGCCCAAGAGCCUCGUGACCAUGCUCGCGGACCCCGGCUGCAAGUUCACCGAGGCCAUGGGCCUCGCGAUGCCCGCGGACGAGGUGCCGCCCCAGCUCGGCUACGUGCGCUCGAAGCGCUACGCCGCCGUCUUCAACGACGGCACGCUCGAGCAGCUCUACGUG